CCCAUCUGGGACCUGACAAGGAUCUUUCUCGUUGAUUUUGUAAUUUCAUUUAUUUCCUAAAUUUAAAAAAAGAAAAAAAAACGGAUUUUUAUUUGUUUUGCCGUAAUACUUUUUCCUUAAAAGGGAAGAGAGAAAUGAAAGUACGAAGUUGUUAAGGUUGCUGCUGAUGCGAUUAUGACGGAUGAAUUCAUCGUCCUUUUAUAAAACCCUAGAAAAGCCCGCCGAAAAUUGGUAGCCCAGACACAAUUCCCUUGAUCCGCGAGCUCACACAGAUCCCAAUAGCCUCCAAGCGACAGCGAGCUUGUGUUUUUGUUUUUGUUUCUUCUGUCAGGUAAAUGAUCGAACACCUGGAUUGCUUAUGUAAGUGUAUACGUGGGGAGUGGAUGCUUUUGCUUGAAGAUAGGGGGAAAGGGUGACUAUUUUAACGACUUUGAUGUUAUGGAGGGGAGGAUUCUGUGGCGUGUUUUCGCCAUUUUGGGGCUGAAGGUGUGGAAUGGCUUUGUGAGUUUUGGGAGAUUUUUGAGGGUUUAGCUGAUAAAGAUUCGAACUUUAUUGACUAUGGGUGGUGAGUUUUUAAUGUUUCUUGAAUUUAUUUGAAGGACCCUUGGAAGGAUUAUAAGGUGCAGCUUUCUUUAGGAGUGAUUUCUGGGUUUUGCAUUUUCUUGAUCUUCUGGAAUUCUUGGUCCAUAAUUUAUUCUGACUCUGUGAAUUUCCUAUCCAUAAAGUUCAAGAAGACAAGAAGAUUGUCUUAGAUUGUGGGACAAACAGAAUCAGGAAGAGAAUAUAUAGUUGAAGCCUGAAAUUGCUCUGUUGAGAAAUGGUUUGACAAGGGUCAUUUUAUUGUGUACAUAUGCUGGGAAUCUGAUACCAAUUGAGGCUUUAAUCUUUUGUUUGAGGGGAUUUUAUUCAACUGCUUUUGAGUGAUCAUGGAUGAAGCUUCUUGUAACAACAAUGCUUUACCUCCUUUCCUUGCCAAGACCUAUGAAAUGGUGGAUGAUCCCUCCACUAACUCUGUUGUUUCCUGGAGUCUCAACAACAAAAGCUUCAUUGUUUGGAACCCACCAGAAUUCUCUAGGGACCUCUUGCCAAGAUACUUCAAGCACAACAACUUCUCCAGCUUUAUCAGACAGCUGAAUACUUAUGGAUUUAGGAAAGUUGAUCCUGAACAAUGGGAGUUUGCGAACGAGGGCUUUGUUAGAGGUCAGCCACACCUAAUGAAGAAUAUCCACAGACGCAAGCCGGUUCAUAGUCAUUCUACACAGAAUCUUCAUAGUUCUCCCUUGAAUGAAUCAGAAAGACAAGGGUACAAGGAUGAUAUCGCAAAGUUGAAGGGCGAUAAAGAAUCGCUUCUAUUGGAACUGCAAAGACAUAAGCAGGAGCACCAGGGACUCGAGUUACAAAUGCAAAGGUUAACGGAGUGUGUGCAGAAUGUGGAACAGGGCCAAAGGAACAUGCUGUCCUCCUUGGCUCGAACUUUGGAUAAACCGGAGCUAGCAUUAAGCCUCAUGCCUCAAAUGGGACUGCCCGAUAGAAAGAGAAGGCUGCCUGGAAACAAUUACCUUUAUACUGAAACAGGCACGGAGGACAAUCAAACGAGCACUUCUCAAAUUUCGAUGCCUGAAAAUAUGGUUUCAACUUCUCUUGUUACGUUCAACAAGGAGCUGUUAGAUCAAUUAGAGUCUUCUUUGAUCUUCUGGGAGAAUAUGUUACAAGACGUUGGUCAAACGGUGGUCCACGAGAGUCCAGCGAUCGAGUUGGAUGAAUCUACAAGUUGUGCAGAUAGCCCUGCCAUUUCGUACACACAACUAAACGAUGAGGUUGAACCCAAGACAUCUGGAAUCGACAUGAACAUCGAGCCUAGUGCAAACCCUGUUUUGGAGGUUGCUCCACCGGAAGAGACAGGGGUUGCCUCUAAUGUACCAACUGGAGUAAACGAUUUAUUCUGGGAACAGUUCCUUACUGAGAAUCCCGGUUCAACAGAUGCCCCAACAGACGUAUUGUCAGAAAGGAAAAAUCUUGAUGGCAGAAAAAGCGAAAGCAAACCAGUCGACCAAGGGAAGUUUUGGUGGAGCGUUAAAAGUGUAAAUAACCUUGCUGAACAGUUGGGACAUCUUACUCCAGCAGAGAGAACCUAACUUGGUAGGUUAUGUUAUAUUCUUUUAGUGAAUAUUAUGUCAUGUUUUACACCUUUCUGGCUUGUAUACUAGAGAGAGAUUGUUUCAUCAGGGAAUAGUAUAGAGAACCAUUUAUGCUUGUCAUCAUGCUUAUAGAGUUUAUGAAUCUUAUAGAAUGUCUUUACCACCAUACUUAUAGUUUAUGUCCAUGGAUAAUUGAUUACCAUUUCUUUU